CAAUCUGUCCCUCUAACUAUAAUUUGCAGUGGAAAUUGUAGACAAAAAUGAUAGAAAUAACUUGCAACGAUCGACUGGGCAAGAAGGUGCGUGUCAAAUGCAAUCCGGACGACACUGUUGGAGACUUGAAGAAACUUAUAGCGGCACAGACGGGCACAAAGCACGAGAAGAUUGUCCUGAAGAAGUGGUACACAAUCUACAAGGAUCCCAUCCGCCUAUCUGAUUAUGAAAUCCAUGACGGCAUGAACUUGGAACUUUACUACCAAUAAAUAUGCAUUAGUGAUGCCUUAACCUUAAGCAUCGCGCGGGUGUCCCUUUUUAUAGCUUCUAUAGAUAAAUAAAAAAAUUUUAAAAAUACA